AAAGAGUUUUCUAUAAAUCACCCACUGACUAGUUGGUCCUUCCUCAUUAAGUGUUCUGGUCUCAUCAUAAGCUCAGUCUAGAACCAGAGAAAAUUUUCAUUUCUUGAGAGAAAUUCAUUGAGAAGAAAUGGAGGGCAAAGAAGAGGAUGUUAAGUUGGGAGCUAACAAGUUUUCAGAGAGACAACCCAUAGGAACAUCAGCACAAAACACAGAUAAAGAUUACAAGGAACCACCACCAGCACCAUUUUUUGAACCUGGUGAACUAAAAUCAUGGUCAUUCUGGAGAGCAGGAAUUGCAGAGUUCAUGGCUACUUUCCUAUUUCUUUACAUCACUGUUUUGACUGUCAUGGGUGUUGCUGGUAACAAGAAUAAGUGUGCAACUGUUGGUAUCCAAGGUAUUGCUUGGGCUUUUGGUGGUAUGAUCUUUGCUCUUGUUUACUGUACUGCUGGUAUCUCUGGUGGUCACAUCAACCCUGCUGUUACCUUUGGACUUUUAUUGGCAAGGAAAUUGUCUCUAACUAGAGCUGUUUUCUACAUGAUAAUGCAAUGUCUUGGUGCUAUCUGUGGUGCUGGUGUUGUUAAAGGUUUCCAACCAGCAAAUUACCAAAUGAACAAUGGUGGUGCUAACUUUGUUGCUCCUGGGUACACCAAGGGAGAUGGUCUUGGUGCUGAAAUUGUUGGUACUUUUGUUCUUGUCUACACAGUCUUCUCUGCUACUGAUGCUAAGAGAAAUGCUAGAGAUUCUCAUGUCCCUAUUUUGGCACCACUACCAAUUGGAUUUGCAGUGUUCUUGGUACAUUUGGCUACCAUCCCCAUUACUGGAACUGGUAUUAACCCAGCUAGAAGUCUUGGUGCUGCCAUUAUCUACAACAGAGCCCAUGCUUGGGAUGACCAUUGGAUCUUCUGGGUUGGACCAUUCAUUGGAGCUGCCCUUGCAGCAUUGUACCAUGUUAUUGUCAUCAGAGCUAUUCCAUUCAGAACUAAAUCUUAAGAAGAAUGAUUUCAUCUGAAUUCGAAGCUUUGGGGAGUUCAGUACUUUGUGUUCAUUAUUUUGAAGAGGUGCCUUUGUUUCUUUUUAACUAGAGUUUUUAUUUUAGAGGGGAUUUAUAUUAAGAACCUCUGGAUCAAUUUAAUUGUUAUUAUUAUUUGUUAAUUAUCAAGUGUGUAAAUUAUUUUCAUAAUUAUGUUACAUGUCUGGUUUUAUCCUAUUCUGAGCCCCCCAUUGCAAUGAAAAAGCUUUGUU